AUAUGCCACACAUUUAGUCCGGCCUCUCAAACCUUAUCGCUCUCCUGGCUCCCCACAAGCGGUACGUAGUCAGCAUGUGAGCCGCGAACGCCUCCCGUCCCAAAUCCCAAUGCAGGCGCCCGUGACGCCGGCGGGCUCCGUCUCCACCGGAGAGACACCGCUUCAACGGCCACCCGUCGCCAUCUCCUCGCCGCCAUCCGCCGCAACGACAACGAGGAGGCGGCUGCUGGUGUCCGCGGGUGGUCUGCUCCUCGUGGCCGCCGCGGGCAACAACAACGCUGCCAGCAGGGGCGAGGCGGCGGCCGCGGUGGACCUCGGCUACGACCCGGUGACGGAGGCGGAGCGCGCGGCGAGCGCCACCGUUUCGCAGCGCGUCGGGGAGGCGGUCCGGCUGCUGGAGGCCGGGCGGGAGCUGCAGGCGCGCGGCGAGUUCGCGGGGGCGCUGGCGUCCUUCACGGCGGUGGUGAGCGGGUACAAGGAGCUGGCGCUGUCGGAGUACGCGCGGGUGGGGCGGGCGCUGGUGCUGUACGAGAUCGGCGACCGCGACGAGUCCAUCACGGAGAUGGAGGACGUGUCGGUGGCGCUCAAGGGGUACCCGGAGAUCCACGCCGCGCUGGCGGCGGCGCUCUACGCCGACAAGCACGCGCCGCUGCUGGCCGAGUUCCAGUUCAACAUCGCCACGCUGCUGGACCCGCACUACUCCGACCUCGCCUACGUCAGGGACACCAAGCACUGGCCGCCCAGCCUCGUCGCCUCCCUCAAGAACUUCAUCACGCUCACCUAGCCUCCCCCUCCUCCUAGUCCUAGCUAGCUAGCUUCACUUGGGCUCCACCCUCAACGACGGCAGCCCGCCGCCGCUGUACUCGGACGGGCUGUCACCUCCAUACGGGUGGCGCGGCGUCCUGCUGGCGUAGCUCAUGGACUCCGACGCCGACUCGGGGGCGCCGCCGGCCAUCCUGGUGAUCCGCUCGAUCUCGCUCACCGCCUCGCCCAUGGACGGGCGGUCGGCGCCGGCCUCCUCCACGCACCGCAGGGCCAGGUCCACAUACUGCUCCAAGCCGCCCAGCGACGUGGGCGACGCGCCCAGCACCGGGUCCAGCAGGUCGUGCAGGCCGUACAGGUCCUUGCUCCGGUCCAGCGCGGCGAGCACCUCCCGGACGAUGUACCGGCCGCGCUCCAGCGGCUUCUUGGCCGUGAUCAUCUCCAGCAGCAGCACGUCGCUCUUCUCCGUCAGCUGCUGCGUCAUGUAGUACUCAGGGUCCAAGUAACCCUGCCACACCCACAUGGACGUGUACAAAGUACAAACAGAUUAGGACUGUCCAACUUAUAAUCAUCAUCAAGCUUGUAAGGUUGGUUGGAGAGCGAA